CUCCAGUUUCCAGCCUGACUCUGAGCCUGGACGGGGGCUGGGGCCACAGCUGCCUGGCUGCUAGGACACCAGGGAUCUGAUUCUGCUCCUGCUCUGGGACAACAGCCCAGGCCCAGAAAAGUGGUGGUCAGCUGCCUUUUUCCUAUUCAGAGUGAUGGAUGAAGAGAAGUCCUUCCGGGUAGAUUCAGAAUUCAGAUACACCCUCUUCCCCAUUGUUUAUGGCAUCAUCUUUGUGCUGGGUAUCGUCUCUAAUGGCUAUGUGCUUUGGGUGUUUAUCACCCUCAACCCUACCAAGAAAUUAAACGAGAUCAAGAUCUUCAUGGUCAACUUGACAGUGGCCGAUCUGCUCUUCUUGAUUACUCUGCCCUUGUGGAUUGUCUAUUAUUUUAACCAGGGCGACUGGAUCCUCCCCAAAUACCUCUGCAAUGUGGCAGGCUGUCUCUUCUACAUCAAUGAGUACUGUUCUGUGGCUUUUCUUGGGGUCAUUACUUAUAAUCGCUUCCAGGCUGUGACAGACCCCAUUAAAGCAGCCCAAUCCACCAUGCGCAGGCGGGGCAUCAUUCUGUCUUUGAUCAUCUGGGUGGUGAUUGUGGGGUCUGCCUCAUAUUUCCUCUUUUUGAAUUCGACCAACAAUGUUCCCUCAAAGGCCAAUGGGCAAAAUGUCACCCGCUGCUUUGAAAAUUACGAAACGAGAAGCAUCCCUGUGCUCGUCAUCCAUGUCAUCAUUGUUUUUUGCUUCUUCAUCGUAUUCUUUGUGAUCCUGGUCUGCAAUGUGAUCAUUAUCCGGACCUUGUUGUCUCAACCCCUCCAGCUGCAAAACAACGCUAACAUUAAACAGAAAGCCCUCUGGAUGGUUUGCACAGUGAUGGCUGUCUUCUUCAUCUGCUUUGUGCCUCACCACAUUGUCCAGUUGCCCUGGGUCCUGGCAGAGCUGGAGAUGGCUUUUCAACAUGAUAGCCAUGUCCAUCAGCUCAUCAAUGAUGCCCACCAAGUGACCCUCUGCCUCAUGAGCAUCAAUUGUGUCUUGGACCCCAUCAUCUACUGUUUUCUCACCAAGAAAUUCCGAAAACACCUUUCAGAAAGAUUACAGAGCAUGAAAGGGAGUCGCAAAUGUUCCCGGGUCACUAUGGACACAGGUGUAGAAGUCUCUGUGCCCCUCAACAACUACCCCAUCAAUCCCAUGGACAAUUAGCCCAUGACUCCCCUGCCCCAGAGAACUAUUGCCCUUGCAGGGGUUAUUCUGGGAUCCAGAAAGGAAAGAGAAGGCACUCCACUUGAGCCUGGACAGUACCCUCUGCAUGGUUUCUCUGGACAACUCCAGGUUGAGUCAGAGUGAAGGUGAGACAACUUCCUCAAACCAGUAUGGGAAGAUCGAAAUCUUGCCUGAACAGGCUGCUCCCUCUUCCCUUAGAAAAAUGUCCCUGAUCUUAGGAAAUCCUACUCUACUGAGAUUCCACGAUCAUGUUAGAGAGUCUGCAUGUGCUAGUGCGAUGGUUCCCCUUUAGUGGUUCACAAACUCCUUGGGGGUUUAGCACGAUGCUGCUAAAUAGAGUACCAGGCCUGUGUUCAAAAGCAACUGUGU